GGUCCCUACCGUUGAACCUCGCUGCCGCGUGCCAGAGACGCCGUGAGACCUCGAGAGAGGGAGAGACAGCCGGCUCGAUAUGUCGAAACUCUUGAGUGAGGAUGUGCCCGACAUUGAGCUGCACAGAGUUCAUGGCUGGGCGCUCGUUAUGUAAGAGUUGCCGUGCGCCUGGGGUUCGCCAGCUGGCUGCGAGGGGGACUGCUCAUCGGCACACAGGUGGGACACAGGCUCUGCUGCACCUGAACCCGCGGGUCGCCACCUCCGCCAAGCUGCGCUCCACCGCGGCAGCGCAGAGCGCCAAGAGGCACUGGAAGAGGAACUCGGCCAAGGGAGGGUGCGACACGUGCCAGUCCCUGGAGAAGAACUUCGAGGACAUCAAGCACACGACGCUGGGAGAGAGGGGUGCUGUGCGCGAGGCAUCCAGGUGCCUCAAGUGUGUGGACGCGCCGUGCCAGAAGAGUUGCCCCACCCAGAUCGACGUGAAGGCCUUCAUCACCAGCAUCGCCAACAAGAACUACUAUGGUGCGGCACGCGCCAUCCUGUCGGAGAACCCGCUGGGGCUGUCGUGCGGCAUGGUGUGCCCCACGUCCGACCUGUGCGUGGGGGGCUGCAACCUCUACGCCGCCGAGGAGGGGCCCAUCAACAUCGGGGGGCUCCAGCACUUCGCUACCGAGGUGUUCCGCCUCAUGGGGGUGCCCCAGGUGUGUGACCCGGCGCUGCCCCCCGUGGGGUCGCGGGCGGCCGCGUGCGGCGAGCGCGUGGCUCUGCUGGGCUGCGGCCCGGCCAGCAUCAGCUGCGCCUCGUUCCUGGCGCGGCUCGGCUACUCGCGCCUCACCGUGUACGAGCGCGCCGACUACACCGGGGGGCUGAGCGCGUCUGAGAUCCCGCAGUUCCGGCUGCCCCUGGAGGCCGUGCGCUUCGAGGUGCGGCUCAUGCAGGAUCUGGGCGUCAAGGUGGAGUGUGGACGUGCUCUGGUUGUGGGAGACCUGACGCUCGAGUCUCUGCGCAAGGACGGAUUUGCAGCGGUGUUCAUCGGCAUCGGGCUGCCGGAGCCCACGGUGGCUCCGCUCUUUGAGGGCCUCACGGAGGAGCAGGGCUUCUUCACCUCUAAGUCCUUCCUGCCACGCGUCGCCAAGGCCAGCAAGCCCGGCCUGUGUGGGUGCACGUCCCCGCAGCUGCCCGCGCUGCGUGGCGUGGUGGUGGUGCUGGGUGCGGGCGACACGGCCUUCGACUGCGCCACGUCGGCGCUGCGCUGCGGGGCGCGCCGCGUGCUCGUCGCGUUCCGACGCGGCUUCACCAACAUGCGCGCCGUGCCCGAGGAGGUGGAGGUGGCCCGCGAGGAGCACUGCGAGUUCCUCCCGUUCGCGUCGCCGCGUCGCGUCGUGACGCGCGGCGGCCGCAUCUGCGCCGUGGAGUUUGCACGCUCGGAGCAGCAGGAGGACGGCCGCUGGGUGGAGGACGAGGAGCAGAAGGUCGUCGUCAAGGCCGACUUCGUCAUCUCCGCCUUCGGCUCCACGCUGCUCGACCCCGCAGUGCUGGGUGCGCUGUCCCCGCUGGAGCUGACGCGGCAGGGGGUGCCGCGCGUGGACCCGGCGACGAUGGGCACCAGCGAGCCGUGGGCGUUCGCCGGCGGCGACGUCGCCGGCCUCGCCAACACCACCGUGGAGUCGGUCAACGACGGCAAGACGGCCGCCUGGCACAUCCACGCCUACCUGCAGUCCCUGCACGGCGUGUCGGUGAGCGGCGAGCCGCGGCUGCCCCUCUUCUUCACACCGAUCGACGCGGUGGACCUGUCCGUGGAGAUGGUCGGCCUGCGCUUCCCCAACCCCUUCGGGCUGGCGAGCGCACCGCAGUGCACCACCUCCGCCAUGAUCCGCCGCGCCUUCAGCGCCGGCUGGGGCUUCGCCGUCACCAAAACCUUCUCCCUCGAUAAGGACCUGGUGACGAACGUGUCCCCGCGCAUCGUGCGCGGCACCACGUCGGGUCCCCUGCUGGGGCCCGGCCAGGGCUCGUUCCUCAACAUCGAGCUCAUCAGCGAGAAGACGAGCGCCUACUGGUGCCGCAGCGUCGCCGAGCUCAAGAGGGACUUCCCGGACAAGAUCAUCAUCGCCAGCAUCAUGUGCGGCUAUAUCAAGGAGGACUGGACCCAGCUCGCCAAGAUGGCUGAGGAGUCGGGAGCCGACGCGCUGGAGCUGAAUCUCUCCUGCCCGCACGGCAUGGGGGAGCGCGGCAUGGGGCUCGCGUGCGGACAGGACCCCGAGCUGGUGCGGAACAUCUGCCGCUGGGUUCGCGCCACGGUGCGGGUUCCGUUCUUCGCGAAGAUGACGCCCAACAUCACCAACAUCGUGGUGAUCGCCAGCGCCGCCAAGGAGGGAGGGGCGGACGGCGUGACGGCCACCAACACGGUGUCGGGCCUCAUGGGCCUGCGCGCCAACGGGCGACCGUGGCCCGCGGUGGGGGUCGAGCAGAGGACCACGUACGGCGGCAUGUCCGGCAAUGCGAUCCGCCCCGUGGCGCUGCGGGCCGUGUCGGCCAUCGCCAAAGCGCUGCCGGGCUUCCCCAUCAUGGCCACGGGCGGCAUUGACUCGGCAGAGGCCGGCCUCCAGUUUCUGCACUGUGGGGCCUCGGUGCUGCAGGUGAGCAGUGCGAUACAGAACCAGGAUUUCACGCUGAUCGACGACUACUGCUCGGGGCUGCGAGCGCUCCUCUACCUGGGCUCCGUGGACGAACUCCGCUCCUGGGAGGGGCAGAGCCCCCCCACGGCGCAGCACCAGCGCGGCAAGACCCUGCCCCGCCUACCGCAGCUCCUCGGCAAGAGCCUCCCGCACUUCGGGCCCUUCCUGGAGGAGCGGCGCCGUCUGCUCGCCGAGGCGAAGCAGCGAGGCGGAGAGAUGUCGGCCCCCACCACGGAGCCCCGGCACGCACCCAGCAAAGCCACGCCGCACGUCAAGGACGUGAUUGGCCGGGCUCUGGCGCACAUCGGCUCCUACGCGGAGCUGGACAACUCGCAGCAGGUGGUGGCCGUGGUGGACCCCGAGCUCUGCAUCAACUGCGGGAAGUGCUACCUGACGUGCAACGACUCAGGAUACCAGGCGAUAGAGUUUGGCGAGCACGACCACGUCCCGCUCGUGACCGAUCGCUGCACGGGCUGCACGCUGUGUCUCAGCGUGUGCCCCAUCCUCGACUGCAUCACCAUGGUGACCCGCCCCACGCCCUACGUCCCCCAGCGCGGCGUACCCGUCGUGGUGUGACAACACAACUACCACGUGCACUACGUGCACCACAACCACAUACGCGGUCACCGCCACUACCAGUUGCAUGCCUCAUCACCACCACAACUACCGCCGAUGAUAUCACCACCACAAAUGACGCAAUAACACGAUCACCAGCACCGCUGCAAAUGCCUGCGACCAUCGCCGCUACACUCGAAGUUUUAGCCAUGCUUUUAACUCUCUCGAUGAAAUGCGCAGUUGGGUAUAUUCUAUGAUUUAACCUUCAAUAAAAUGUAUCUACACUUUUAUAAAUCUC